CUCGUCCUCCUUUCCUUCCGCGCCUAAACUUUUUGUUGUUAGAUCAUUUGUCUCCAUGCAUUUUCCACUUUAACCAUCUUCCUUGUCUUGCUAAUAUCCGUUAUAGUUAAAGUACGUUAAGACCCAGUCCCCAUCGUGUGUUCAAGCAAUAAUUUUAUCUAGACUGCAGCAAGAUGUCGCUGAAAUUUAAGUCUGGCGACAGGGUCUUCGCCAAGGUUCGAGGUUAUCCAUUUUGGCCUGCACGGGUUGAGGCUUGUGCAGAUGAAACCCCAAACAAAAUGAAGUACCAUGUGUUUUUUUAUGGCACCAACGAGACGGCCAUAUGUAAGGUAGAAGAAAUUAUCCCAUAUGCUCCUAACAAAGAUAAAUAUGCAAAACCACUGAAGCGGAAAGGUUUUAAUGAGGGUCUCCACCAAAUUGAAAUGGAGCUUAAUGGUUUUGCUCCUACUUAUCCUCCCUUCUCAGAAAGCACUAUGGAUGAAGAGCCUGAUAUUGAAGGAUCUCUGAUCAUUGAUGAAAACUUGUCAUCUUCAAUAACAUCCAAUGCUGUACCUGUAGAAAAAAAGAAAAAGAUAACCACUGUGCUGAAACGAAAACGUGAGAGUAUGGACAGUGUUUCAGAGGACUUUGAAAAGCGAAAACAAGCAAGACUGUCUGCUGGAACUCCAGUUGGAGGUGCCCCCAGUGGGCGUUCUUCGGUAGAUGGAGAUUCUCCUAACAGCAAAGUGAAAGCUGUGAGCCGUUCAGGAAGAAAAAUCAAACCAAAGAAGUUUGCUGAUGAUGAUGAAGAUAUAGAAACAGUCAAUGACACCUAUGAUAACAAUUCCGGUGGUAUCACGGGAAUACCUCCAGAAGUUCCAAGCGCAUCAAUUGUGUCUCCAGUAACUCUUCCCAGUUCUCCAGAACCACUUAAAACAAGAAAGCCACAGGCUCAAAGAACAAGUAUUCCCCCAACACAACCUUCCCCAGAUGAAAGUGCCAAAACCCCAGUUGAUACUCAAGGUGGUAUACCAAGUGAUAAUCCUAACCGAGCAAUCAUGGCCAAAGCCUUGUCUGGUCACUGGGUGCAGAUCAGGUUGGAUGAUGAAAGGCCCUCCUCCUUCCAGAGUGAAGAAGCCAGGCGGCUGUGGGAUGCUGCAACUGCUCGAAACGCUGAACGUCUCAAAGCUCAAAUUGAAUUGGGCGAGUACUUGCCAGAUACCAUCAAGAAACAAUUGGAAGGCAAGGUAGAUUUGACAGAUGCUCAGAAGAAAGAACUAAAGAAAGAAACUGAAUUAAAUCGCAAGCGUGGCAAGUUGAGGUGGCUGAAACAGGAAGCUCACCUUUUAGAGUUAGAUGCUCAAAUAAGAGGAUCCCUUAGUCUGGCCAGAGCUGAUGCAAGCCGCUGCUUGCAGCUAAUGGAUGAAAUGCUCUAUGUAAAUAUUGAUCCUCUAAUGUUGAAGAAACAUCCCAAUAUUGUUGAAACUGUGAAGAAGCUUCAAAGAUAUAUUGGCAAUGCCUCCAAGUGGCAUCUCACAGAUGAAGAAAUGGACAAGUUCGUGGAUAGCUGUGAACAGAUAAGACUGAAAGCCACCCAUAUGUAUCACAAGUUCAAGAAAUUGUUUGCUGUACCUCAUCAUACAUCAUUCUGGGAAAUUUUCCAUCAAGAGGUACAAAAGUUUAACAAAGCUGUUAAGCAUAUGACAAAGGAUAAGGUUUACGCUCUUGUAGUUGACCCUGAAAAGCUCACAAGUGUAAAUGACACUGAGGGGGAUGCCCAGACUGAGUCUCCUGACAAGGCAAAAUCUUCAAAAAAUCCCAGAAGGAAAAAAUCUGCUUCAAAUACUGAUUCACAUGACCUCAAAAGUGAAGAGGUAGACUUGGGAAAAUUUGAAGCCACUUGAGCACUUAACUACAAUACAGAUUUUACAAGAUCUGAGAGUGAAUGAGGCAGAACUUCACCUACAAUUUAGAUUAUGACUUUAUUGUUUUGUUAAUUUACCUCGUACGUGCUAGAAUCAUAUCAACUUCUUUUCAGCUCGUCCCCUCUAACUGAUUUGUUAGCGGAAGCUUUCUGUUUUAUUUGUGGUGAUGAAACACAAUUUCAUACAGCUUUCAUAUAGAUUCCUCUUUUAAUUUUGACAUUUUGUGUUGAAUCUGGUGAUUUGAUUGUUUCAAUAACAAUUUUCACUAGGCAGAAGUAAUAUUUACAAACAAAUGUGCAUGUAACAGGUGGCUCAUAAACCCCAAGACAGAUUUUUAACAUGUUCUCGCACCAAACUGUUACCCUCCCAGGACAGAGAAGAAACGGGUGUGGGGCGGGAUGGCUUAUUUUCAAUUAGUCAUGGGGCUUAUGAGCCUCUUAGUUUCUUAAAAAUCAUAAACCAAAAAGAAAAAAAAACUGAAUGGGGAAGAUUGUGAUGUAGGUUUAGACUUUCUUGUAAAAUGUAUUAGCAUUAAUGUGUCAGGCCAUGUGUUUAAUAUUUAGUGUUAACUUGUUUGUUGCACUGUGUCUUGCUUCAGAUAUAGGCAGUGAUAUUUUGUAAUUGCUUUGAAAGAGUCUUUCUUUUUUCUGCCUUUCUAAAGUAUUUCCAUUUUAAUGUGUAUUUUUACCUACGUGAAUUUGUUCAUUUGUGGUGGGUGGCCCCAUGCUAAUAACUUGAAGUGUAGUUCUAGAUUUAUGAUUUGAUCACUUUCUUUAUUCAAUGUUUUAAGUGAUAUGAACUUUGACGCUGUAGAUGGUUGGCUGGUGCCAGUCAGUGCUACAUUUAUACAAUAAAGUGGUAGACUUAA